AUGUUGAUGAUCAAAAACUUGGACCUGAUUCAAGCCAUACAAGUAAACGAUUUCUCCAACUUUCACGACAGAGGGAUGACGUCUAUCAUACUUCGGACGCAUAAAAUCACCAAGAUGAAUCUGCAGCACGCUUCAGGAGACCACUGGAAAAACAUGCGAAAAGUCAUAACGCGCCAAUUCACCCCAAGCAGACUGAAAAAGCAAGCAACCUUGAUGGACCAGUGCUGCAGCGAGUUCAUGGAAGUCCUCGAGUCGCUCCAUGCCCAGGAUGAGGCCAUUGAAGUUCACUCAGCGUUUCAGAGACUCUCGUUGGACGUGAUGUUACUCUCGCUUUUCGGUGGCGAGGGUCGCACCGCCAUCGGCCGAGAGGAGGCUGGACCGGAAAUCAUAAAAAGAGAACUAAAAAACUUUAUGGCUUCCCUCGGAAACGGAUGGCAGCGAUUCAUCAUAGGUGCGUCUUGGUAG